UAUUAGAUUUUCUGUAGAAAGUUGACAUUUACCAAAUUAUCAAUUUCAUUACCGAAUUAUCCCGUCGUGGAAGUUGACGUUAAUAAAAUUACGAUGAAUCAAUAUUCCUGGAAACAUGUGACGUUAGCUUUUUUGCUGUUCGCAAAUUCUCAUGCAUUGGGAUUAGUCCUAGUCGAUUCUGGAGUUAAGGCUAACCUUACAUAUCAACCACGCCAAGAAGAUGGUGGCGUGGAAACGACGGGCGAAACCUUGAACGGGGUGGGCUCCCUACUAACCAACAUUUUUAACGGGAUCGCACAAAUCCCAGUCACCACGAUAAACGCGGUGCUAAAACCUCUCGCAACGCAACAAGAGCAACAACAACAGCAAUUACAGCAGCAGCAGCAACUCCUCUCCUUGUCGCAAAAUAAUGUCAUCCCCACAAACGGAACGGUGGGUGGGGUGGGGGUGCGACAACAAGCCCUCACACAGCAACAGUUCGGGCAACCAGUCUUCCCUGCACAAACGUCGACCUCGACGACGGUAGAGCCCACGACGGACGAGUCAGAGGACGGCGAUGAAGAUGAAGACGGGGACGUGAAAGACGGGGGGAACGACGGAUUAAAGAAAUUUAAAAUUUGAGAUAAUUAAGUACAUAUAAGAAGGAUUUAUAACGUUGUCUCAAUAAAGGGAGUGAUGAUUUCUAA